UUGCAUAUAUCUGUGAAUCGAAAUUUUGCAAGAAUGAAGUUUUCAAACACUCAAGUUACUAUCCUCUCUAUUGUAGCCUGUUGCAUUUGUAUCGCAGCUGCAGCUCCUCUCGUUUCUAGAAUGAGUUAUGAGGAAGGCACUUCGUAUGGAUACAUUCAACCUUCAGCAAGUGGUAUAGCCGCAGGUGUGUCUCAAAGUGGUGAGAGCUCAGGACAAGCAGGAAACUAUCAAGCCGCUUCGGGUGAAUCCACGAUUGAAGUACCCUCAGUAAACUAUGGCUCUACUGGAAUCAACUCGCUUAAUGAGGAAAGUGAAGGAUCUUCCGGACAACUCAGCAUCCCUACUACCUCACCUGCACUAGUGUACUUCCCAACUCAACUUAUCGAGCCUUCAUUUGCUCCAGUUUACUAUUACUAUUCUAGAUCUUCUUCUUCUUCUCCGUCAGGGAGUUAUGAGGAAGGCACUUCGUAUGGAUACAUUCAACCUUCAGCAAGUGGUAUAGCCGCAGGUGUGUCUCAAAGUGGUGAGAGCUCAGGACAAGCAGGAAACUAUCAAGCCGCUUCGGGUGAAUCCACGAUUGAAGUACCCUCAGUAAACUAUGGCUCUACUGGAAUCAACUCGCUUAAUGAGGAAAGUGAAGGAUCUUCCGGACAACUCAGCAUCCCUACUACCUCACCUGCACUAGUGUACUUCCCAACUCAACUUAUCGAGCCUUCAUUUGCUCCAGUUUACUAUUACUAUUCUAGAUCUUCUUCUUCUUCCCAGCCACAGAACUAUGAGGAAGGUACUUCCUUUGGAUAUAUUCAACCUUCAUCAAGUGGUAUAGCCGCAGGUGUAACUCAAAGUGGUGAGACUGUAGGAGAGUCAGGAAACUACCAGGUCGCAUCGGGUGAAUCCACUAUUGAAGUGCCUUCAUAUAGCUACAGCCCAGCAGGUGUCAACUCGCUCAAUGAGGAAAGUGAAGGAUCUUCCGGACAACUCAGCAUCCCUACCAUCUCUCCCGCUCUAGUGUUUUUCCCAACUCAACUUAUCGAGCCUGCUUUUUAAUUCACUGAUAGUGAAUAAAGUUUGUUUGUGUUCC